AGGAAAGGAUGGAGCCUCAGGCAGCCUCGCAGUGAGUCCGCAGUGUGGGAAAGGGACUGACCAGAGGGAGAAAAGCCGGCCAGGAGCCGCGGAAGGAACUGCCCGCAGUAAAGAUGGCGGCUGUCACCGUUAUUGAGGGGCAAGUGAAGCCGAGGCACGGAACCCGGAUGUUGUCAGGGUCGCGUUUGACGAUCCUGCCGGCCUCCAAGAGGGCGGCUUCGUCGCGAGAAGCCCACCAGGAGGCGCGCGGGAGCCAUUUCCGCCCGGUUCUCCUUCCCGCCGCCUGCAGCCGGGGCAAGAUGGCGGCGCUGAGGGCUCUGUGCAGCCUCCGGGGCGUCGCGGCCCAGGUGCCGCGACCGGGGGCUGGGGUCCUACUGCAGAUUCAGCCCAGCAGAGGUGCUCGGCAGUGGCAGCCAGAUGUGGAAUGGGCAGAGCAGUUUGCGGGAGCUGUCAUGUACCCAACCAAGGAAACAGCCCACUGGAAACCUCCACCCUGGAAUGAUGUGGACCCUCCAAAGGAUAAAAUUGUGUCAAAUCUGACACUGAACUUUGGGCCUCAGCACCCAGCAGCCCAUGGAGUCCUGCGACUUGUGAUGGAAUUGAGUGGGGAGAUGGUACGGAAGUGUGACCCUCACAUUGGGCUCCUGCACCGAGGCACAGAGAAGCUCAUCGAAUACAAGACCUAUCUGCAGGCCCUUCCAUACUUUGACCGGCUAGACUACGUGUCCAUGAUGUGUAACGAGCAGGCCUACGCACUGGCUGUGGAGAAGUUACUGAACAUCCAGCCCCCUCCCCGGGCACAGUGGAUCCGAGUGCUGUUUGGAGAAAUCACACGACUUUUGAACCACAUCAUGGCUGUGACCACACAUGCCCUGGACAUCGGGGCCAUGACGCCUUUCUUCUGGAUGUUUGAGGAAAGGGAGAAGAUGUUUGAGUUCUACGAGCGAGUGUCUGGAGCCCGAAUGCAUGCUGCAUAUGUCCGGCCAGGAGGCGUGCACCAGGACCUGCCCCUCGGGCUCAUGGAUGACAUUUAUGAGUUUUCUAAGAACUUCUCUCUUCGGAUUGAUGAGGUAGAGGAGAUGCUGACCAACAAUAGGAUCUGGCGGAAUCGGACUGUCGACAUUGGGGUGGUAACGGCAGAAGAUGCACUGAACUAUGGUUUCAGUGGCGUGAUGCUCCGGGGCUCAGGCAUUCAGUGGGAUCUGCGCAAGACCCAGCCCUAUGAUGUUUACGACCAGGUCGAGUUUGAUGUUCCUAUCGGCUCUCGAGGGGACUGCUAUGACAGGUACCUGUGUCGGGUGGAGGAGAUGCGCCAGUCCCUCCGGAUCAUCGCCCAGUGUCUAAACAAGAUGCCUCCUGGGGAGAUCAAGGUCGAUGACGCCAAAGUGUCCCCGCCUAAGCGAGCAGAGAUGAAGACGUCCAUGGAGUCCCUGAUCCAUCACUUUAAGUUGUACACUGAGGGCUACCAGGUGCCCCCAGGAGCUACAUACACUGCCAUUGAGGCUCCUAAGGGAGAGUUUGGAGUGUACUUGGUGUCUGAUGGCAGCAGUCGCCCUUAUCGAUGCAAGAUCAAGGCUCCUGGUUUUGCUCACCUGGCUGGUUUGGACAAGAUGUCUAAGGGACACAUGUUGGCAGAUGUCGUUGCCAUCAUAGGUACCCAAGAUAUUGUGUUUGGAGAAAUAGAUCGGUGAGCAGGGAGCAGGACUUGCCCGCCCACCUGUCAGCUUCUGCCAUGGAGCCUGCCCUCCUUGGGAGCGGGGCUGUGUGUAUGUACUCGUCUAUGUACAUUUGGCCAUUGGGCUUUCUGUGCAUGUAAGAGAAAAGGAGAAAUUAUAAUAAAUUAGCCGCCUUGCGGCCCCUAGGCC